GUGCGAAAGGGUGAUGAGCUCCAUCCUAAGAAACUGUCUGUGCGUCAAGUCGUUGAAUGGAACACAUCAAAAGAGAUUUCAAACCUAGCUAGCUCUCUUCGACUUCAGGACAAUGUCAUAGUUUCGUUGGGUCUGGAUUGUUGUACCGCACCAGCCGAAUCCGUUUCUACGGCUACUUGUUUUGUCAUGGCAUCCGAAACGGCAUCAUUUACAGUUGCCUUCAGGCUGGAGUUUGCCGAUUCGGCUGGGAUCACUUGGAAUCUGAUUCGACGUACGAUUACCUUUGUAGACAUUCUCUUGCAGAAACGUGCCGUCAAGGCAAUCAAAGAUGUUGCGGAGAACAACGAGGCACUAGUUGCUCUUAAGGAUACUGUUGUUGUCCGCUCAAAGUCAAGAGUGAAUGAAAUCUGUAAUGACUUGUUUCGGCAACAAGGCAACAGUACCGGUGCCGCAAAAGGCACCAAGCACUACUGCGCCAACAUGGAGGCAACCAUUUCUAUGUUGGAAUUGCUAGAUGCCCCUGCAAUGUCCUCCGAUCGGAAUAGUCUUUUGCAAUCUGUACUUGGCGAGGCCAUCCAAUCAUACAUCCAGAACGAGGAAUAUCCCGUGUUUGUUGAAAACUUGCAGUUGACCUAUGAGGCGCCCCUUUGGGUUUCCACCCACGGCCUUGCGGUCUUUCUGACCGGAGCAAUUGAUGCGGAGAUGGAUCCAUCAGCACAGGAGAGCUUCUCAGACUCUGUGCUCCGAUUCUUGUCGGCAUCUACUCCAACAGGCAACAUCUUGGACUCUCAAGUAGUUAUCACAAAGCAGCGGCUGUUCCAUGGGUUUGAUCAUGAAGGCAACGUUCUCAUAGUGAAUCCAGACUUUGCAGCGACAUUGCAAGUAUACGUGACGUUCUUGCAAGGGGGGCCAGCGGAAGUUGAUUGGUUUGCUGACGGAUACACCACUACAACAUCGGAAGAAUACCAGAGGAACAUCUUGUCCAGUUUUGCUACAUCAUCCGAGACACUUGUUCGUGACUAUCUCUGGAAUCGAGAUACUUUCUUCAGCGGCGUCCACACGGUUCAAGCCAUGAUCGUCGACGAGUACCCCACUGCGGCACCAUCCACACCCGACCCAAUAUUUGCCGCUACACAACCUCCAUCAAAGGCUGCUGUGGCAUCACUCACUUCUUUCUACAAGGAGCCAGAAGGCGCCCUCAACUUCACAGCUGUUGCAGUGUCAAUGGCUGCCCUGCAUUCUCUGAUAAUGCUGUUGUCGGCCAUUGUUGUCUUUCGUGCGCACCAUAGAAAGAUCAGUCAGGGAAAGGACGUUAUCUCUCAACGAAAGUUCGAACACAGCACACAACGCACCGUCGCGGUUGAGUUUGAUGAUGCCCCAGACACGCCCGAAGUAGAAUGCAAACUCUAGCUCGCUACUCGAAGACAGGCAUUGCCCCCACUCACUCUUCCUUCCCCGCAUUACACACCCAUUACUACUGUCUGUAAAAUCACUAAUAGAUUCUUGGAUAGUUCUU